UCAGACUGCGAAUGAGCUUCAGUAGUUUUCUGAGAGAAACCUAGCUAUGAAUCAACGAGUGAAGAAAAACUCCUCCUGGCCUAUAUAUUAAUAUACACUUAUACUGCACAAUUAAUUUGCGAUCUUUUACAGAAAAAUAUUCUUUAACUAUCUUUCCAUAAGUACAAUUUCUUAAAUGGUAAAAUAUACUCCUUGAACAGGGGCGGAUACAGGGAGGGGGUGGCAGGACCCCCUGACAUUUUCAGAAGGAGGCAAAGCCCCCCUGAGAUUUUUAGGCAAAAAAUGUUUGCAAUUUGAUAAAUUAUAUGUGUUCCUGUUUUUCAAGAAAUUUGAUCAUUUAAUGGAAAUAUAAUAUUUAAUGAAAAAUUGAAUAAUCAGAACCAUAAAAUAUCUUUCUAGCUUAUUAAAAAUAAAAAUUUCAGAAAAAUUGGGUUAUAAGAUGAGUAAGGAAUGGAAUGCAGGAACCUUCAGCUGCUGUCAUGAUGUUUCAAACUGUUGUAUGGGAACCUUCUGUACUCCGUGUCAGGUUUACUCUAAUGCUGAGAAGCUGGAGGAAAGUGGAUUCCUCUGCUGUCUUCUCAGCUGUAUGCUUCCCUGCGUACCUAUCUUUAUGUUGAGAAGUAAGACUAGGGAGAAGCAUAAUAUUGAGGUAGAUUUUAGAAUUAAUCAAAAUAUCAAAUUUAAAUUAUUUGAGGAUUAUAUUUAA